GCCUUUAAAUCGAGAGAAGAAGAAGAAGAAGAAGAAGAAGAAGAAGAAGAGGAGGAAGUGACGUGUUUCAGUUGAAGUAAACAUGUGGGGAGUUCAUUAGUUUGACAAACACAUCAGAUGGAGAACUACAGCAAAGCCCGGACGGAGGAGCAGCCGUCGGUCUGUCCGUUCCCCGGUCUCCCCCCUGACACGCCGGAGGUCCGCGUCAAAGACGGCAGCAAGAUCCGAAACCUGCUGCGCUACGCCCUGAGCCGCAUGGAGCCCAAACCCCGAGCGGCGGCGGCGGCGGCGGAGAAUGAGGAGCGACCCCCGCCUGAGGAGGAGGAGCAGGAAGGAGGAGGAGCCGAGGAGGGUCAUCAGGAAACGGCGGCCCGCCCGCUCUGCACACACAUUGUCUUCACCGCGAGCGGGAAGGGCGUGUCCAAAGCCAUCACGUGUGCAGAGAUCGUGAAGCGGCGUGUGAAGGGCCUCCAUCAGCUCACCAAGCUGCUGUACGGCACCGCGGUGGAGGUGUGGGAGCCGCUGGAGCCCGACGCCGGACUCGACAGCCUCACCGUCAACAGGAACGUGCCCGCCAUCUGGAUCCUGCUCUCCAGGGAGGCGCUGGACUCCAGCGAGCCCGGGUACCAGGCCCCGGGCCGCUACGACUUCCUGUGGGCUCAGUCUGUCGGCAAGGAGGAGGGGGCGUUCCCGGGACAGAGAGCGGGACACAAGAGGAAGAAAGGAGGAGGAGGAGGAGAGAGAGGAGAGAGAGGAGAGAGAGGAGAGAGAGGAGAGAGAGGAGGAGGCAGAGGGAGGGGGGCAGGGCGGCCGACCGUUCGCUCCAGAGAUCCGGCUAAAGCUCAGACCUGAUCCAUGUGUAAAGAGGACUGAGGUGUUUCUGUUACAGCAUGAGGAGACUUUAAACCUGCAGCAGAGACCGGAUCCUCCACUGAUUACAGACCUCAGCAGACCAGGAGGGACGAGGUCUCUGAACUGGAGGAGGUCUGGUGUCUGUGUGAACUCUGAGAGCGUCUCAGUUAUGGUCUGCAAACACUCAGACUUCAGUCUAAUGAUGAGGACUAAAACAAGGCUUCAGUAAACAUGGGGGUGUUCUGGUCCUCAGACUUUCACCCUGUCUUCAGAAGAUGCACCAAAUGUUCCCCGGCGCUCCCCCGAGGCUCGGACUCCUUCAGGAGAUGUUUGUUUUACUUUUUAAAAGUUCAAGUUGUUUUAAAGUUUGAUGAUGUCAUGAGUUUGAAUAUUGACCAAUCAGUGAAGAUCUUCAUGAGUUUGAAUAUUGACCAGUCAGUGAAGAUCUUCAUGAGUUUGAAUAUUGACCAGUCAGUAAAGAUCUUCAUGAGUUUGAAUAUUGACCAGUCAGUAAAGAUCUUCAUGAGUUUGAAUAUUGACCAGUCAGUAAAGAUCUUCAUGAGUUUGAAUAUUGAUCAGUCAGUAAAGAUCUUCAUGAGUUUGAAUAUUGAUCAGUCAGUGAAGAUCUUCAUGAGUUUUACUCCUUUUUUAUGAAGUGGUUUUUGGAUUGAAGGGGUCCUGAUCUAAGAUUCAAACUGUGAUUAUCUCCAGAAUGAGGAUUUGCUUUUUAAAAUCUGUUCAAGUUUUCUGUUUGUGAUGCUGAGUUUCAGAAUAAAUCAUCCUCCUAGUUUUGA